UGAAUUGUCCAUUUUUCAAGCACACAUGUGCAAAGAUUAUUUGAAGAUUUAUAAACUCUGUCCAAAAUUUCAAAAGUGCUUCUACAAAUUCAGAAAGUAUAUUUGUAUUUUGAGGGAAACAUUGCUUCAACCUGAUGCAUCUCUAUUCUGAAUCUCCGUAUACUAAGUUCAUUAGCUGCCCUCUUCUAGUCACGAUGACUCUCUACUGCUAUUAAGUAUUAACACUUACUUGCUCGAGACUUCCCUUCAGGAAUUGGUGAGUGAGAAAACUUUGGUGCCAUCGCUUCAAACCUUGCAAGUCUGGCCAAGCUCUGGGUGCUCUGGUCAUGGUCACGGCACUCUGAUUCCAAGAGGCUGGACGUCUGCUGUUCCAAGGUCAUGAUUUACAUGACCAUCCAAGUUCAAUCAAUAAGUAUGCUGCUGGCAAAGAAGGCAUCAAGGGGUCACCGCCAUGAGGGUCCGUCAUUUGUUUUAGUCGCUCUCAGGGAUUAUCAGGCCUAUGGAACUCUGAGCAACGCCGGCCUGAGCUGCCAUCAAAUCUGCGAGUUGGGCGAUCUGCCGUUCGCCGGAGUGAUGGAUGCCGCGGUGCACGUUCUCGUGUUCCCAUGACCAAGGCAGGGACACAUCAACCCCAUGCUCCAUUUCGCCACCGCUCUCGUCGAUGCCGGCGUCCAAGUCACUUUCCUCCACACCGAGCACAACCUCCGCCGCCUUGCCCAGGCACCUCUGCCGCCUCGCCUACGCUUGCUUUCUAUCCCCGACGGCCUCCCUGACGACCACCCUCGCAGCUUCUUGGAGCUCUUGGAGUCCAUGUGCACGACUAGCAGCGCUACGUACCGUUCUCUGCUCUUGUCUGCCGACGCCCCGGUGACAUGCGUUGUUGCCGAUGGCACCAUGCAGUUCACCAUUGACAUCGCUGAGGAGCUCGGCAUCCCGGCGCUCGCCUUCGCCAUGCACGGCGCCUGCAGCUACCUGGCGCUCCUGUACAUGCCCAAGCUCGGCGAGAGCCCCUUCCCUGCGGACGACCCGGUGUGCGGCGUUCCAGGGAUGGAGGGCUUCCUCCGGCGCCGAGAUCUUCCUCGGGGACUCUACUACGCUGAACAAGGCCACAAGACCCCUGGAUGCUCAAGCUCGCCGAGGUCACCGCUCGUUCCAGCAAGGCAUGUGCACUCAUACUCAACACCGCCGCGUCCAUGGAGCAACCAGCGCUCGCUCACAUUGCGUCGCGCACAAGCGAUCGCCAUAGGCCCACUGCACGCCAGGUCGAGGUUCGCCGCAAGCGCAAGCCUGUGGCAGGAGGAUGACGGGUGCAUGGCGUGGCUAGAUGGCCACGAGGACCGGUCCGUCGUGUACGUGAGCCUGGGGAGCCGCGCGGUGAUCACACACGAGCAGUUCACCGAGUUCCUCUCCGGCCUGGUAGCUACUGGGUACGCCUUCCUCUGGGCGCUCCGGCCGGACAUGGUCCAGAUGACCAGCUCCACGCUCCUCCGAGAAGCCAUCGGGGCAGUGGAGGGCGGCAAGGCACGCGUUGUCGAGUGGGCUCCUCAGCGGGACGUGCUGCAGCACCAGGCGGUGGGCUGCUUCCUGACACACGCCGGAUGGAACUCGAAUCUGGAGUGCGCCAUGGAAGGCGUGCCGAUGGUGUGCUGGCCCUUCUUCUCCGAGCAGCAGAUCAACAGCCGCUUCGUGGGCGCCGUGUGGAGGACGGGGCUGGACAUGAAGGACGUCUGCGACAGAGGCGUCGUUGAGAGGACGGUGAGGGAGGCCAUGGACCAUGGUGUCCGACGAGAUCAGAGGGGUGGCCCAAGCUAUGGCGCAGCAGUUGAGGCUGAAUGUCGCGGAGCUGGGGUCGUCGUCGUCGUCCGAGUUGGAGCGGCUCGUCCGCUUCAUCAGGGAGCUCAGCAUCAGGUCCUGUUGAAGCCCAGAACUAAUGAAGACUAGCACAGCCUCUCACGCACUACAUGUUCAGUUUCAUACUUAUUCAGUCUCAGAACUUAUUCUAGCAUUUCCCGAACAUAUAUAUGGAAGAUGAGGAAAUUGUAAGAGGAACUCAGUCUGUUGACUUGUACACCAUUUCAAGGCAGUUCCCACAAUUAUGUUCUUGUGAUCUAAAUUCAAAAUGUACCAAUUUUUAAUUUGGUAGUCACUUGGUUCUACUUUGUAAGAGGACAAUUAUGCUUAUUAGUACCAA